AUGAAACCGGUGCUUUCGGUAUUACUUGUCUUAUUUCUCGUCAUUGUUGUGGUUCAUCGCUCAUCAUCAUACGACAGUCGUAUUGACAAGCGUUAUUAUGAUGUAUGGGAACCGGAUAACAAUGGUGGCAAUGAUGGCGAAUCCAUUAAAGGUAGUCCUAAUCGUCAAAAAGGUUUUAACAAAGAGGAUCCAUGCGAAAACAAACCAUUGUGGUUUUUAAAAUCUCAAGUACGUCUUGGCAAAUUAUCACCAUUUUACGAUUGUCUUGUUGAUCAUGGAAUGGAAAGAAAAUAA